CCUGCCUUCCCUUCCCGUUCGCGUCCUUCCGUAGGGCUUACCUGUCUCGCCGCCAGCCAACUCGUGCGCCGCCGCCGCCGCCUUCCCCUCCAGUUAUGCUCAGAGCAGGCACGCCGCGCGGGAGCUGAUCCGUUGUCAAGGGAGUCGCUUUCUCCGGCGGUGAUGAAGCCGGUGGUGGGGACUGUUGUGUCGAAGAAGAUGCGGAAGUCGGUGGUGGUGGCCGUGCACCACCUCUUCCAUUACAAGCUGUACAACCGCUACGUCACACGCACCUCCAAAUUUAUGGCGCACAACGAGGCCGAUGACUGCAACAUCGGCGACCGGGUUAGGCUGGAUCCUUCUAGGCCCUUGAGCAAACAUAAGCAUUGGGUUGUUGCUGAAAUUCUUCGCAGAGUUAAGGUGCAUGUUCCACCAUAUGCAACGGCUUCCAGUGAACGUGAUACCAAAUUUCAACAGGCUGGUGUUGCUACCAAAUCAUCCACCUGAG